CGCUCCUCGAGCCUCAGCCCCUUCCCAAACAUCACACGCUUCUUGCGACAGGGCCGCAAGUAAUGACGAUAGACUUUCCCUAGCAUUGCCCAGCCCCUUUUCCUCGUCGACCGUUUUUGCUUCCGUAAGAGACAGGACCAACACGGGUCAGCCGCCAUCAUGUGGGACGGUCUGUUUAUGUUGCUCGCCCUGAGCACCAUCAUGGGUAUUGCCUCCUUUCUGGCCGGCAUUCUCCCGCUCUCCUUCAACCUGUCUCCGCGUCAGAUCCGCACCGUCUCGCUGCUCGGCACCGGCGUGCUUGUAGGCGCAUCCCUCAUCGUAAUCAUCCCAGAGGGCAUCGAGACCAUGUAUGGCGCCGCCAUCAAAAGCCAUGCUCAUAACGUGCCGCACCCGCAACCCAAGAUCCCGUCCGGGCACACCCAGCAGAAAGGGACACUCAACCCUGCUGAGUUCGUGCCGGAUCAUGUCAGAGCUGAAGCGCUGCGGACAGACUUUACAAAGACAGGCGCCGUCAAGGCCCCUGAUGCGGCUAGCAUCAUUGUGAAGAGGACACCGGAGACGCCCCCGGUUGACAGCUACAAGCAGCGCGCAGACAAGAACAAGAAGGGCAAGGCCGAGGAGGAGCACAAGGAGCCCCAGAAGGGCGGCGACGACGACUCGACCGAAGGCCACAGGGAGGGCCAUACGCGCGUGCACGGGCCGGAAGAGGACGAGCAAGUGGCAACGCCGGUGGAUGCAGACAUGGAAGGACCUCACGGAUAUAUUGGUGUUGCGCUGAUACUCGGCUUCAUCCUCAUGUUUGUUGUGGACCACCUUCCUGAAGCACUCUCGAAUGCAAAAUCGCAAUAUCAGUCGCUGCACAUCUCGCUAUCGAACCUACAUCGCGGUCCACAUAAUUCGUCUUCGAUGAGCUUGAACGCUUUGACUCCCGGAUCGCCGCCGCCAGAACCGCUCACGCCUCUUCCACCGCACGUUUCGAAGCCUCCCCGCUCAUCUGCGACCACCAUUGGACUGGUGAUCCAUUCGUGUGCUGAUGGUAUCGCAUUAGGGGCCUCUUCAACUGCACCUUCAACCUCGCUAUCCCUUGUCGUCUUCUUCGCCAUCAUGCUACACAAAGCUCCUGCUGCGUUCGGUCUUACCUCUGUAUUGCUGAAACAGGGUUUCUCGAAGCGACGAAUCCGCACACACCUCGCUAUGUUCAGCUUAGCAGCCCCCGCAGGUGCUGUAUUGACCUGGUCCAUCGUACACCUACUUGGUCGCGGGCGCCUGGGUGGAGAUGAUGGUCUGGCAUGGACAACCGGAUGGGUUCUGUUGUUCUCGGGUGGAACCUUCUUGUAUGUGGCCAUGCACUCUAUGACCGAAGCCACAAAUUCCCACGAAGCCCCCGUGAUCAACGGCUACAUUGACCACCACAUGCCGCAACCGAGCGGUCUUUCCAGAUCCGACAUCGCCAUUGUUCUGUCCGGCAUGCUCGUGCCCCUCGUAACCCAGGUCGGACAUCACCAUUAAUGCAGCAUUUCUUCGGCGUUCGUUUGCGUGUCGUUCGAAAAGGAAAAUGGAUUAAUGACUGAGCGGUGUUCGGGAUGAUACCACAUAUUGUAGAUUACUUUUUGACAUGUCCAUGAUUGAGUAGGCGGGGAUCUGGAUCAGAAUUGGAAGUGUGGUAUAGAUAUGUACAACAGGUAUAACAAGUGGUG